CUCCGCUUGGCGCAGAAGCAAUGUCUGGGAUCCCUUCCACAGCUAGAACUGUUAUAUACCAUCUGUCCCAGGAAUCCGAAACACUUAAACCGGACCAGUAUUUGUUGUGCUUCAUGCUAUAGCUUAUUGCUCUCAUCUCCACGGUAGUGUCAUCUCGCCGUGGCAAUUAAUCUCUGACACCCUCCUACUUCCCAUUGUGGCAGCCCGAUCUGGUAGCAUUGUUUCGACGCAAUGGCUCAUAUUGCCAAGUGCCUCGUCGAUAUCGACACCACCUAUAUAACCAAGCAGGCUUCGCAGUCACCCAACGACUCGAAAUUGUCACCGUUACCUCCACAGGAGAAAACAUUUACUUGGAGAAUGCAACAACCUGAUCCGUCGAAGAAGUAUCAACUUUUUCCAAAGGAGAGGAAAUUGCCCGUCCUCAACAGCAGCAAAGCGGUAGACCCGGAUAAGGCAACCAUGGGACCUUCAAUUACAGCAAGUGAUAAGACAGACAACCAGCAGACAACACUCAAUGGCUUGAAGAAGCGGUUGAAUCAACACAGCCUGGCUCGACGACGCAAAAUCAGUGUGCCUGAAGUUGGACCUAUGACAACCGUUCAGGAGCUUUCAAUGGACUCUCCAACAAUUCCUGGUCGCCCACCUUUCCACGAGCGCUCCAUUAGCGCACCUGGCAAUUCGUCCAGAAACUACCAUCUUACCGAUACUUUUCUUUUUGCAUCGAGCGAUGACGAGGGCCCCGAUCCUCAGGCUUCGAUGAAGGGUGAGACCGAGGCGGAUUCUAGAGGUGCAACUCCAACUUCACCAAGACACCUGGCCCCUUUGGUCAUCCCUAGACGAGGAGGACAGUCGCCUUUACUCCGUCGCCAACAGUCGUUGAACUGCUUCCCUGUAAAGAACGAGCCUCUUCGACGGGGUCGCACCAGCGAGUCAUCUCCCCAAAGUUGCACCUCUUUCACACCGAACUCUUCCAUGCCCGAUCUUACAACACCAAAGUCCGCAUCGACAGGCUCAACAACUCCCAUCCCAGUGUCUGCACCACUCAUGGAGCCUCAAGCUGAAUCCCCUCAGCUUUCUGAUGGACGUUAUACCCCUCCUGUUGAUUCAAUUCGGGCAGGACACCGAAGAGGUGGCUCAGAAUCUUCAGUGAUGGACAGAGGUCGUCCUAGGAAGAGGCGUGAUCAGCGCACCAACAACGGACCGAUCAUCCAGAGGACAGAAUCGAAGAGUAGGAUUACUUCAGAACAAAAGGCCUUUGAGAAACUGCCAGUUGGUGUGAAGCAUACGGAGGCUUUAGAGAAAAUUGAAAUGCCAGAACUUGCGUUGCUUCAGAAGCAAGCUUUUGAACAGGUCGGGCGCUUCGAGGUUCUGAGGGCCGAAGACGUUGAGGCGCUCUCAAAGGAACUCCGCCAUUUGGACGAGAAGACCGAGUACCUUCGCCGCACUUACACUGCACUUCGCUCGGGUCGCAAAAAUCUCCACUCUCGCAUUUGCCAGUACCUGCGUUCGCCUCGCGUGGCCAAGUUCAGCAACGAGUCUAUGCUGAAGCAGGAAGAGGCACUUACCGAGCUGGAUGCCUCCAUUGACGACUGGGUGAACAAGCUGGAGCAGGCUGAGAACAGACGUACUCGUGUUCGCCAGAAGUUGCUCGAACACGUUGCUGCAGCUGCUUGUCUCCCUCUUGGCGGACCAAGCAUGACACGUGAGCCUGUAGUGAGUGGCCCAUCCUCAUCUGGCAUUGGCAAUAUCUCAACCCCACCUCGGAGCCCUUCGAAAGAGACCGCUAUCUCACCUCGUACUGCCAGUUCACCUUCUCCUCAACGUGUUGUGGCUCAAGUUCCUAGCACCAUCCUGGAACAGCCUAUGAUCGAGGAAGAGGCUACGAAAGAAAGCGCUGAUCGCGUGACCAGCACCGGAUCUCUGAAUCGCUCUGAUGUGGAGAGCAUUCGCAUCUAUGCCGGUGACGACGUUUACGCUCUGUUAGCCGAUGUUGAGGAUGAAAUUACCAAGAUGGGCAAGCAGCCGGUGUACGAGCCUACCCCCCCAAACAACCUGAUCGAAACAAAACGCAUUGAACUUCACCGUCAGAGAAGCCACGAGCUACUCAACGGACUUUCCGGGGAAGCCCACGCAAUGAAGAAACGGGACUUCUCUGAAUGCCGAGCCAUUUCUCCUCUUGCAUCUCCACCAACCUCAUCUGCCACCAAACAAAACGAACAGACGGAAGAUGACCUGCCUCUACUGACGAAUGUUGUCUAUCGACCUUGAUGAGUUUCAACAUAUCUCUGAUAUUUACCACCAUAGUCCUGCCAAAACUGUAUCGCAUUUCAACGAUUCACGGCCAAACCAUUUACAAUCCUUUGAUACCCCUACGGCAUUUUCUACAUCUUUUUGCAUAUUUGCGCUACGUCUACUCAUGACAUUUUACGGCUGCAACAGCAUAUUAUGCAUUCAUUGUUUUAUUAUGUAUCAUCAUAGGGCGCAAGCUGGAGGCUUCUGUCAUUUUUCACUGUAUUCCCUUCCUUGAACUGCGUUCACUUCUUUUUAUUGUGUCAAUGCACUGUUAGUUUGUUGCAUAUACCACCCUACCAUAGUACUAAGCUUAGUGCCUUCAUAAUGAUAUUAUCUUUGCAUGUUUUCUGCCAAGGCGCUUUCAAUGUAAC